AUGAUGUCAUCGGUUGCAACAGAAAGCAAACUCCAGCAGGCUGUGAGCCUGCAGGGAGUUGAUCCAGAAACAUGCAUGAUCGUAUUUAAAAACCACUGGGCACAGGUUGUGAAAAUCUUAGAGAAGCAUGACCCCUUGAAGAACACCCAGGCGAAAUACGGAUCCAUCCCGCCAGAUGAGGCCAGUGCGGUGCAGAAUUACGUAGAACACAUGCUCUUCUUGUUGAUUGAAGAGCAAGCCAAAGAUGCUGCCAUGGGACCUAUCCUGGAAUUUGUGGUCUGUGAGAACAUCAUGGAGAAACUUUUCCUUUGGAGCCUGAGACGGGAAUUUACUGAUGAGACUAAAAUGGAGCAGCUAAAGAUGUAUGAGAUGUUGGUCACCCAGUCCCACCAGCCUCUGCUGCACCAUAAGCCCAUCCUGAAGCCCCUGAUGAUGUUGCUGAGCUCUUGUUCGGGAACAACCACCCCCACUGUGGAAAGGAAGCUGGUAGUUCUGCUCAAUCAGCUCUGUUCCAUCCUUGCCAGAGACCCAUCCAUUCUGGAACUUUUCUUCCAUACUAGUGAGGACCAAGGGGCUGCCAACUUCCUCAUCUUCUCCCUUCUCAUUCCCUUCAUUCACCGAGAGGGGGCCGUUGGCCAGCAGGCCCGGGAUGCUUUGCUCUUCAUCAUGUCUCUCUCGGCCGAGAACAGUGUGGUGGCCCAUCACAUCGUGGAGAACACCUACUUUUGCCCAGUACUCGCCACUGGCCUCAGCGGUCUGUACUCUUCCCUGCCUACGAAGCUGGAAGAGAAAGGUGAGGAGUGGCACUGCCUUCUGAAAGACGACUGGCUCCUCCUCCCUGCCCUCGUCCAGUUCAUGAACUCCCUGGAGUUUUGCAACGCUGUCAUCCAGGUGGCUCACCCCUUGAUUCGCAAUCAGCUUGUCAAUUACAUCUACAAUGGAUUCUUGGUACCUGUCUUGGCUCCUGCUCUCCAUAAGGUGACGGUGGAGGAGGUCAUGACCACGACUGCCUACCUGGAUCUUUUCCUGCGCAGCAUCUCCGAGCCAGCUCUGCUUGAGAUCUUCCUCCGUUUUAUCCUGCUGCACCAACACGAGAAUGUCCACAUCCUAGAUACUCUCACAAGCCGGAUCAACACCCCAUUUCGGCUUUGCGUGGUGUCCCUGGCAUUAUUUAGGACUCUCAUCGGUUUACACUGUGAAGAUGUGAUGUUACAGCUAAUUCUGAGGUAUCUGAUCCCAUGCAAUCACAUGAUGCUGAGUCAGAGGUGGGCUGUGAAGGAGAGGGACUGUUACUCUGUUUCUGCAGCCAAGCUGCUCGCCCUCACCCCGGUCUGCUGCUCCAGCGGGAUCACCCUGACGCUGGGGAACCAAGAGAGGGAUUAUAUCCUGUGGUCCAAGCGUGAGCUUGAGUGCUCAGGGCCGGUGCAGGAGCAGCUCCCUGAGGCCUUCUCCCCGUCGGCCUGCAUCGUGGAGUACGGGAAGGCGCUGGACAUCAGCUACCUGCAGUACCUCUGGGAGGCGCACACCAGCAUCCUGCACUGCAUGCGGGACUGUCGCGUCUGGUCCGCCCUGUAUGACGGAGAAGCCCCCGACCCCGAGUCGCUUCUCCGGAGCCUGGCAGAGGAGAGCGUGCCCCCCACCCCUCACCCUGUGUUCAGGCUCCCGCAGCAGCUCCCCAGGAAGACAGGGCCUCAGCCCGCUCCCAGGAAGGAGAAGAGCCAGACGGAGCUGGAGUGGGACGACAGCUACGACACGGGCAUCUCCUCGGAGGCGGAUGUGGGCUCCCCGGGGGCUGACGAUGAUCUGGAGCGCUCGGGCCCGCCCGCGCCCAUCGAACCCCCAAAACACAUCCAGGAGAUGAAGAAAAAUGCAAUCCUGCUCUUCAAAGGCUCGUACAUCGAAGAGUCUGACUUUCAGGAUGACGUGAUGGUGUACAGGUUGUGUGCCGAGAAGGACGCAGAGGACCCUGGGAACCCACCAGGGGGAGCUCCCAGGCCCCCUUCCCCAGCCCUGACUGAGCUUGCCAGUCCCCCGACGAACAACGGUCCCCUGCCCAGCCCUCAGCCAGAAGCGGAUCUAGAGGCAGCAGCUGGUCAGGGCAUGUCUGACCUGUUUCAAGAGGUGGCCAAGGGACCGAAACAAGAGGACAGGCCUGAAGUACCCCCAGAGUCGAGCUCAGAGUUGACAGCCCUCCUCUCCGACGCAGGGCACAGCCCAGACCCAGGGGUCCCUGACCCAGACGGUGAAGAUUUCAUGGCCCAGUAUGACCAGAUCAUUAGGGAACUGGAUUCUGGCACGGAGGGCUUGACAGAACAGAACUUCUCCUCCCCUGACCCCUUGCUUUUCGUAAAAGAGGCAGAGGGGGAGGUAGAAGAGAGCAGAGGAGACGAGGAGGCGAUGGAGGAGGAAGGGAAGAAGGAGUUAGAGGAGGACGAGGAUGACUUUGACUCUUUCCUAGUGGAAACUCCUGCUGCGGAGACCGUGCCGUCGCCCUUUGGGGUGAGAGACGAGACUGCCUUUGCCAGUCACCAGCCGGCGCGGACUCAGAGCACCCCCUUCACAGGCCCCUUCAUCAGCGUGGUCCUGUCCAAGCUGGAGAACAUGCUGGAGAACUCUCUGCACGUGAACUUGCUGCUCAUCGGCAUCAUCACCCAGCUAGCCAGCUACCCCCAGCCGCUCCUGCGCUCCUUCCUGCUCAACACCAACAUGGUCUUCCAGCCGAGCGUCCGCUCACUCUACCAGGUCCUUGCGUCUGUGAAAAACAAGAUAGAACAGUUUGCGUCUGUGGAGAGAGACUUCCCGGGACUCCUCAUACAAGCCCAGCAGUACCUGCUCUUUCGCGUGGACAUGUCUGACAUGACCCCUGAGUCACCCACCAAAGAUGCCAUUCAGGAGGCGUCCAGGACUGGAAGCAGCAAGAACCUUUUGGACGGUCCCCCAAGAGUGCUCCAGCCCUUCCUGACAAACAGAGCCAAGGUGGUGGGGGCGCCCCCCAGCCUGCCCCUGCCCGUGCGCAACACCAUGCUGGCCGCUGCCCUCUUCCCGGAGUUCCUGAAGGAGCUGGCCGCCCUGGCCCAGGAACACUCCAUUCUGUGCUGCAAGAUCCUGGGGGACCUGGAGGACUGCUGCUAGAUGCUUGUUUUUGA